CUCCAGGGGAGCGCACGGGCGCGCGCGCCCAGGGCGGGCCCCCCCGCCGCCUGUGGGGCGCGGGGGGGGCUUGGGGGGGGGCCGCUUGUAGGGCGUCUGUAGGGCCGCCUGUAGGGCGCGGGGGGGGCCGGGGCGGCCCUGGGAUGUGCCAUGGUCCUCUUCGAAGAGUGUGGCACGCCGACGCCGACGCGCCAGGGCGAUGGCGCCCCAGUGGCGCGCCAGUGCACGGAGGAGCGCCGCAGCCUGGCGCGGAUGACCACCCAGGAGUUCUACGAGCAGCGCGCCCGGGAGCGGGAGGAGCUCGGCGGCGGCUCCCGUGAGGGAGCCCUCGGCUCCCGGGGCUGCCGCGCCGGCACGCCCGAGAGGCAGACCAGCGCCGGCAGCUGCGCCCCGGAGGGGGACCUGGAGCUGGUCUGCUCCCGCGCCCCCGUCCUGGAGUCCGACCACAACGCCGAGAAGCUCAUGCUCGCGGUGGGCGAGGCGGUGGGCACCGCCCUCAAGAAGGUCGGCUCGCGGCUCGGGGUGGCGCGCGACGGCUCCCCGCCCCUCUCGCCCUCCUGGAUCGGCUGCGGCUGGGCGCGGCGGGACCUCCCCGCGCGCCAGCGCAUGCGGCAGGUGCAGACCUCGCCGUCCCUGCUAGCCCUGGCCAGCGGGUCGGAGCCAACCCCCGGGGCCACAGCAGCCGCGCUCCGGCCCCGGGCGCCGCGCUGGGCCGGCGGCCACCUCUCGGACGUGCCCGCGGCCGCCCUGAUGGCGGAGGGCGUCAGCAUCAUCUGGCAGAGGAGCGUGUCGGACUUCCAGGACGAGGACGGCUUCGGCGACGGCGAGGACAGCAUGACCGUCGUCACGGUGCGGAGCGGCGCGGCCCCGCCCCUGGGUGUGGGCAUGCCCCUGCCGCUGAACCCCCUCCUGCGCCGGAGCUCGCACGCGCUGAACAGGAUCGGCUCGGCAACCAGCUCCUGGAGCUUGGAGCAGGGCUCCCUGCGGCUGACGGACCCGACGCCGCCGCCGACGAGGUCCGAGACGAGGGCCGAGGCCUUCAACCCCGCGCCCUCCCUGGAGCACGCCGCAGACUCCAGGCGCUCCAUCCUCGACUACGAGCACCUCUUCUGCCAGUUCUACGUCGAGGUCGCGCACAAGCGGCGAGGACCUCGCCUCGCGGGCCUCCUCCGCCGGAUGGGCACCAGCUCCAGCAGCAGGGCGGUCCGGCCCAGCCUUCCCGACGCGCACGCCAUAGCGACGGCCUGGAAGGCAGAGGCGCUUGAGUGCCUUUGGGAGAACAGGAGGCACUUCUCUCGGAGGUGGCCCCACCUGUCCCUCCCGAGCAGCCGCGCGAAGUUCGAGGAGAAACUCGAGAAGCUCCUCGAGGACGAGGCAUCCUUUGACAACGAGCUGCAAGACCACAACCGCGUGGUGCUGACGCUGGAGCCGGAGCGAAUCUGCCACAGGCUCCUCUGGGCAGUGGGCGACGCCAUCCCACCAGAGCAGAUCCUCUUCGACAUCCAGCGUGGACUCAGAAGGCGCUUCCCGCACUGCGACGUCCGGUGUGCCGACGGCAUGUGGUCUCCAGCGGGGAUCUUCCAGAUCCUCAUGAUCCUGUUCACGCUGCUGCUGGCCCUGGGUGUCCACUCGCUGGCCUGCGCGGUUCCCGUCGCGCAGCAGGCCAUGGCCGCGCCGAACGACCUCAAAGGCCACAAGGUCGACCUGACGGUACUCUCCCGCGAGGAGAGAAUGGACCAGCUGGCCGCUCGGGUGCUGCUGACCGGCAGCCUCAUGCAGCUGUGGCUGCUGCACGCCGUGGCCGCCGCGUUCCCGCUGCGCUCGCUGCACAGCCCGUUCCGGCGUGACCUGGGCUGCCUGGCCGCCUACUCGCGCACCGCCUCGAUGCUGCUCCGCUACGUCGGGCCGGUGGCCGCGCUGCCGGUGCCCGUGGCCAUGGCCAUCCGCUGGAACCGCAUGGGCCGCUGGGUCGGGAAGAUCGCCGUGCUGUUGGUCCCCACGGCCGAGCGGCAGGUGGGCUGGCACACCCUGUCCUUCUGCUGCGCGGCCUCGCUGCCGGCGCUGAUGGUCGCCGCGUCCUGGAGCGUGCGGUCUUCCUUGUACACGCGCCACCACCUGUCUACUGCUUCUGCUCCCCACCCAUCGCUUUUCUCUCCAACCUGACGGCUUCCUUUUUUUUCGCCGUCUCGUUCGAGCUGGUGAGGUGGGCCGUGCUGGGGGCGGGCGGCAUGGUGGCCCUGGGUGUCUUCCUCUUCGCCAGGUACACCGCCGAGUUCACGAGUGCUAGCCUCCUGAAGGCGGCGCAGCUCCAAUGGGCCUGCGCGCACAUGGUUCCCAUGCUGAACCUGCUGCUGGCCGCCGCCCUGGAGGUGGAGGCCGGCUUCGCGAUGGAGCUCAUCGUUUUCAUCUGCGAGAGCCAGGGAGUCGUGCCCGUCAAGAUGUGCAUUCGGAUGCUCCGUAAUUCUGGCUGAGCACUUUUCCAGAGCCUAACGUGUAACGUUCGCCCGCGUGUCCAGGCGUGCUGGCGCGCACAUCCGCCAUAGAAAGAGUGUCUGCUGGGGUCUGUGUCGUUGGGGGGCUCGGUGUUCCUUCCUCUGACAGUCCGCUCAAGACAGGUCCCUGGGCCCCUCCCAGGGCCCGCCUUGGUUGAGUCUGGCCGGCCCUUCGAGCUGCCCCCGGCCGUGUCGACAGAAGGGCCAGCACGAAGGCCAGACGGCGAGGAGGAGGCCACUGGCAGGGCCAUGCUGGGCCAUCGGACGGCGUGCAGGCACCCGUUGGCCGCGGCCAGGAGGGCGCCUGCACCAUGCCAGGCACAGUGGCGGGUGUGCCGGCGCCUUCCGCGCAGGGCCAGGGCAGCAGAGGCGCGGUAUAGAGCGCGCGGAUGUCCCUCUCUGCCUCGCUUGCCGCCUGGCAGGAGGCCCGCGGCGUCACACGAUGCCCUCCGCCUCCUCCGCCGCUGACUCCCUGCUCUCCGCCCUCCUUUCCCUGCCAGGACCUCUUCUGACUGGAGGGUUUCUCCGAAGGGCUUGGGCGACCCGUCCUCCUCCUCCUCCUCCUCCCCCUCCUCCUCC